AUGCCUUCCGUCCUCAGGACCCUCGUUCUCGGCAUGCUGGCCAUGCCAGCGGUCCUUGCCACUCCAGUUCCCAACAAUGGCAAUGGCAAUGGCAACGGUCCUUGUGACAACCCUGGCCAAGGCAAGGGAUUGAGCAAGAAGUGCAGCGCGACCUCCUCCAGCCUCAGCUCCACGAGUGUCUCUCCGAGCGCCACCACUACAACCACAGUUCCCUCGACUACAACCAAAUCGACCACAUCCAGCCCUUCCAGUACCACUGCCACUACGACUACAACCAAAUCGACCACAUCCAGCCCUUCCAGUACCACUGCCACUACGACUACCACCAGUCCCGUUGUCAGCAGUAUGACAAGCAGUACUAGCAGUGGUUUCAGGCUUGUGACACCCACCAAAACUGGCAGUACCGGUGCUCUGGCUUCUGCCACUGGUAUGGCGGAUGCUGCGAAGGCUGUUGGCCGAUAUUUUGGUACCGCUGUGGACAUCCCUGGCACCGGAGAGGCGUCUGACCCCUACUACAUGGCUGUCCUCAACAAUAGCCGCAACUUCGACCAGGUUACGCCAGCCAACGUCAUGAAGGACUCCUUGGAACCUCAACAAAACGUCUUCAACUUCGCGGGGGCCGACCAGUUCGUGGCCAUCGCUGAGGCGACCAACAAGAUCAUCCGCUGCCACAACCUGAACUGGUACAACCAGCUGCCAAGCUGGAUCACCAAUCCGUCUACUCCUUGGACUAACGACACCCUCAUGGCCGCACUCGAGAACCACAUCGACCAGGUCAUGGGUCACUUCGGAGAUGCUUGCUACCACUGGGACGUCGUUAAUGAAGCAUUCAACGACGAUGGCACCUGGCGUCAGGACGUGUGGUACAACACCGCAGGCCCGUCCUACAUCGCGGUCGCCUUCCAGGCUGCCAACGCCGCCAAGGCCAAAUACGGUCUGAGCACCAAGUUAUACUACAACGACUACAACAUUGAAUACCUGUAUCCGAAGUCUUACAUGGCUCAGUCGCUGGUCAAGAACUUGACCGCUAUGGGUAUCAACAUCGAUGGUGUCGGCCUCCAGUCCCACUUCGCCGACAGUUUCACACCGAGCUUGCAAUCCCAGCAGCAGAAUAUGGCGGCCUUCACCGCGCUCAAGAACGCCAAGGGUGCCAACAUUGAGGUCGCAGUUACCGAGCUUGAUGUUCGGAUUGCCGACACUGGUUCAGUUACCUCUCCUUCUGCCGCCGUCACCGUUGCGGCCCAGAACCAGCAGGUUCAGUUCUACUGGAACACGGUAAAUGCUUGUGCCACGACCGCCGGAUGCGUGGGCGUCACCGUUUGGGACUUUGACGACACCUACUCCUGGAUCCCGAGCACAUUCUCUGGUACGGGCUUCGGUGACCUGUACUACCAACCAGGUGGAGCCAACACUCCGCUCGUCGGUAAGGCUACGAUAGAUGCUAUCAUUGAUGGUUUCGAGAAUGUUCAGCCUGGCACUAUUCGAUAUAUUUCUUAA